GAUAGUCGCGCCGGCGGACUGCAGCCGCUGCUCCUCCGCGUCCCGCUUUUCGGCCAGCGCUCGCACGGGAAGGAGAACGGUUUCGCGAGAGCCGAAACGUCGUGUCGCCGGCGGCCAGCGCCUGUCGAGUGCGUGCGCGCGUCUUGCACCCCGAGCUUCUCUCUUCGGACACCUCAUCGUUGUGCUCGGUACUACGGGAAGUGCAGUCGUGAAGCUCGCCGGGAGUUCUCUAGUGGAGUUUCGUUUCGCACUGCGACAUAGUUGGCGGCGGCGAAUCUGACCGGUGGUCUCCUGGUGGCCGACAUCGGUGCUGCAUGUCGCUACGGACCGCGUUGCCCCGUUUGGUGUGUGUGUUUGUGGACGGGUGUCUCGUGGGUGUGCGCGGCCGGUCGGCCUGUACCGCUUACGCGGAUUCCUGACGGAUUUCUAGAAGAACGAGCACGUCGCGAUCGAGGGAUCGCCAUACUACAGGAGUGAGCCUACGGCGGAGUCUCUCGGUGACGCCACCUCAGAGGCGACCAUGAUCAGCCGGCGGAAGAUCCUCUCCCGGUCCCGGGACGAGCUGAACGUGGACUUUACCGUCGAGGACGAAGAGGACGUCUGGUACCAGAAGGAGAAGCUCUUCAAGGAGCACAUUCAGGAGGUGCUGAACAAAUGGGGCCAAAUCGACGACGAGAUAUGGGCCAAGAUCAUCUGCAUGGAGCGCAACCGGCGCGUGGCAAAGGCAUACGCCCGCGCAUCUGUUCUCACCAUCAACGGCUCCAACGAGGGCUUCGACGGGUACAGAAUCGGCCUCUGCGGCUUCGACAACCCGAUGCGGGAUCCUAGGACCGAAGAACUAAAGAAACAAAUCGGCCAUGGAGUGAAAAUCAAGAUGGACGAGGCAGGCAACAUCAUGAUAAAGCGGGCCAGCAAAAGCAACGUCUACAUCAAGGAGAUCACGGGCGGGGAAAACAACAGCGUCAGCGCAGACAUCAUCCGCAACAAUGGCCUCCUGGAGUACGACAAGCCCGUCAAGCUGUUCGACAUCAAGAAGUUCCAGCAGAACGUGUCCCGUGAGCUGAAGCGUGCCUACCCGGACAGGCGGCACCUGGAGGCGCAGUGCCUCAGCUGCGUCUGCUUCGUCAAAGACAGCCCCGAACUCCUGGACUGCGCCGUCUGGGUCAUGGUCAUCAACAUCGUCGCCCUCGACAUGCUCAAGACCAAGCUGCCUCCACCCAUGUCCAAGCGCCAGAGCGCCCCGAACCUGGUGAGCGUCUUCGACCGGCCGCUGAGGCUGCCCGAGGAGGACCCGUACAGCCUGCCGGGAGCCGUGCCGCGUCAGCAGCCGCAGCCGCCCAGGGAGUCGAAGCCACCGAAGCUGCCGCCGAGGGACUUGCCUCGCGUCAGUGUGCCCAGGCCUGACUACGAGGACGUGGAUCCUGCAGUCCGACCUCCACCUCCUAUCAACCGGAAAAAGAACCCUGGUUUCUACGAUGACCCGUACUACUGCGGCUUCCGGGCGCGCGUUCCCAACUUCGCCAAGCGCGGCCAGGAGGACGGCCACCACGCGGCAUCCGGUGCCAUGGCGGGCGCUCCCAUGCCGCGAAGCCACAGCCAGAACUACCUGAGCCUCUUCAAGGGACCCGAACGAUCCAUCUACGACUCGGCUUACGGAAGCUGCUCCACCGUCACGCACCACGCACCAACAGGAGGAGCAGGAGGAGGCUUCAGCGGCGGCUCCAGCGGCGGCUCCAGCGGCGACGACGACUACUCCAAGAUCUACGGCCGCAUCGGCCGGGGAGGACCGAGCGGCCCCUCGUCGGCCUACAACCAGCUGCCCCGCCAAGUGUACGUCGGCGAGUGGGAAUGACAGGCGGCCCGCGACGGGGUCGCCUCCCGUCGUCGAGGCCGCCAGCCUACCGUUCCGCUGUCGCAGCUACCGAACCCGCAGCAGCCCCUCGCGUCGCGACUUCCUCCGCCACUGCCGCAGCCUCGAUGCUCGAGGUCCCUGCCGACCGGCGCCGCGGCACCACAGCCGCCGCCCGCCUGGAAGCCGCACAAGAGAAGCGCCCUCUAUGGCCGAGUCAGGGCCGUCUUCUCCAGCGGGAAGCACUGAUUCGAGCCCCGACCGCCAAGCAUGUGCUCGAGAAGAAACCGCAAGCCGAGUGUGACACGCGACACUUUCUGCAGCGCAGAAACUGCUCGAAGAACAGGCAAGACGGGAUGGCCGAGGCAUCUGCUCUGGUUUCUGCUAUUCUCUGGUACCACCUGGACAAGGUAAGCGACGACUGCGGAGACACCGAAUUGUGCUCUGCGUAGCGCGCCUAAAGCCCAGGUAGCAACCUCAUGGCCGGCAAAAAACGCUGCCUCGCCUGCUAUCGGGAUCCUGAAGCAUGCCUACGUUUCUGCUUUCAAAGACGCCACCGGCCACACGUUUGGAGCGUGGUGAAUGUCGUGGAGGCCACCGUGUGCUGCGCCACCACCCCUAAUGACGAAGCAAAUGAGCAUGGAAUUGGAAAACGGUCGCGGCUGGACUCGUCUUGCAUGUUGCAAUCACAAAGAAAACACGGGCCGCUUUCGUCCCGGAAAGUGAGCCACGAAAUUUCUCACUCGGCUGCGGUGUUGUUGCCAGACCUGAGGAUCACGCACGUCGUCCAAUUUUCGCCAAGGGCGACAGACCAGGAGUGCGAAUUCCGAGGGACAUCCACUGCCGAUGUGCCGUGCGGCGGCUUGUUCGUCGAAACAGUGCUUCCAGAUUUCGGGCAGGCGGUUGAACUACGGCGGCGUGGCUGCUGUUUUCGACGUGAAAAUACGUCUUCAAUCUUGCCAUGUGGCGGUUCGUCGAAGUCACGAGGUUUAUGACCAGAUACAUGGUCCAGACAAGCCGAGCAUCGGGUCCGCGGCUCUAUGAGGAACAACGUCUUUUAUUUCAAUGUUUGUUUUGCAUUUGUUUAUCGGUGUGCUUGUGCUGCGUGCCCGUGCGUGAAUGUGUGUGGCAGGUCGAAUGCGAGAGUGAAGAGUGGCCAGCGCCGCAUAGCGGGAGGUUGCUUCCUCAGCGAGGAAGGAGAGAAGGACACGUAGGGCGGUUCCGAGUGCCCCGUUAUGCAGCAAUGAUCGAGCGACGAAACGGUGUUCUUUAUUUUUCAUUUUUGCUUUUGAAGGUGUGCACUGAAACUACUGUGAGACUGUUGCGACCAGCCUGACUGUACAUUUUAGGAACCAAGCAAGCACAUUCGUCGUCGCCACUGACUCCCGCGACGUGCGCGAAGCAGUGUGCCUCUGCUUGCAAUGUUUGUUGUGGUCUCUCCUCUUUUUCUUACUGUUCCAGCCGCACGCAGACGUUCUAGCAGUCAAAUUUGGCUGACGAUCGCUUCCUUUGUUUACUUGUUUAUUUUUCUUUUAUCCUACGUUGUUAUCCUGAUCGCCUGUAGACGAGACAGAACGCUUUGCGCUUGAACGCGAGCUAGCGUCUCGCAUGUCGCUUUUAUUUCAUUGUGGUUAUUGUAUUUUAUUCUAAGCAGUAGAGAUGAACGUCGUGGAACCCCGACACUUGCAUUGCAGAGUCCUAAUCGCAAACGAAAUGCUCCCAUCGCGAAACCAGGGAAGUAAUUCGUCCAUUCUUUCCAGUGAACGUUAGUUCUGAACAUAACCGGCACAAGUAAGAACACUCUGGGCUUGUUCUUGGAAGCCUAGGUAUCCCGUUGAUGGCGUAGGGAUUUCCUCUGAACAGGCAAUGUGUACUGGAUCAGCACUCUGCAAAGUGCUGAAAAUGAACUUGUACGGUCACUUCACUAAGGUAAGAAUGGGGUAUCCUCGAUGUUCCCUUCUGCAAGUUGUCCCUUUGCCUUGGUUUGUUCUACGUGCGUAAUACUUGUUAUUGUUACACCGGAGCCCCUGCAUUUGUACUCCACUGUAUAGAUAGUUUGCUCAGUGCUUCGUGUUACCCUUAUUUUCGUUUCUACUGCGUUGUGUUGCAAUAUCUACACGUUGUACUCUUUCUCGCUACUUUUCGCGGAAUUCUACUGCAGCAACUGGCUGGGGAGCAAAACGACCAAGGUGUCAAAAAGGGGGUGCUUCCAAAGUGGAAGAAAACAACAGUGCUUUUGUUAAGUUCAUCAUAACAAUGAACAGAGUCUGAUUAAUCGAACAAGCUAGCACAGCCAGCAAUCUGCUGCGGAAACUCGGUGGGAAUGGUAAAGCCAUUCGGGUAGCAAUGAUGGCUCCCCAAAUAAUAGUGACGUCCAGCUGCCGUCACAGUUCCAAGAGUUGCCGUGUUAUGCAUUGCCAUCGUGCACCCCACAUCAUACGCAACUUAAAUCGCAAUGAAGAUCACAGACCCCGUAACUUUUCUCCAUGAAGUUUCACUUCCAGCUAUUCGCGGCAGAAAGUUAUUCGUAAUUUUCAGAAAAUUGAAACCACGAAAAACGACCGAACGAGUAUGUUUACUGUUGGUCUGACAUUCCCCAACCUUGUUUUUUUUUUGUUUUGUUGUUCGCACUUUCUUGUCUUUUCGCUACUUCAAGACAGUGUUCAACGUUGCCAACCCACUGAUGACACCUAAUUGUUCUCUUACGUGUCCUGUUGUUGACGACGGUGAUGUCCGGUAAUGCUAAGUUAAUGACCUGCAAAAAAAAAAAAAAAGCUCUUUUGCUUCGUGCUGUUGUGGAGAGAAUGUACGAAGUGUGACGUCUGCGCACCGAUGGUGACGCACAUACCUCUCGCCGGAAGAAGGCCCGUUGUGGAAGGUAAAGGAGGAAACAAAAGAGGGAAGAAACUGCCAAGCUUGUUAUUGUAAUUACAAGUUGUUUUGACUAAUUUCUUCGUUAUUUAAUGAACUCGUGUAGCUUGUUUCAUUUUUUUUUUCCUUCGCGAGAAGUUCAUUGCUAAUAAAAACAAGACUUUCAGACGUUAA